AUGUUCCGCUGCGAUUCUCCCGAGUAUGAGGAGCUGGUGGAGCAGUACGAAGAGGCCAAGGCCUUAUACGAUGAAGAGCGGAGGGCAGAGAGGCGAAAAGUAAGUUCAGCUUGAAAAUUCAGAUGUUUUCUUGUUUUAGAACACAGAUCUGGGACUAGCAGCGACACUAGAGAGGCUAAGGAACCCUGAGCCAGUUCAGAAAGAGAGGAUUGUCCUCAAUGAAGAAGGCCAAAUCAUCCAAGGACCGGGGACAACGAAGAAAUGUAAGACUUCUAACGGAAUGAAGCUGCCUUCAAACUGAAUACGUCAAGAUAUACUGUUAUUUAAUUUUCUAUCUCAUAACGUUACUCUACAACAAUUUUCAGCUAAUGGAUUCGCGGUCCCGGCCCUUCCCAGACCAGCGCCAGUUGUUCUUCACCCAAGGAAUAUGGAUGAUGUCCUAACGAAUGCGGUUGCAAGACCGACAAAACCAUCAGAAAUACGAAGAAUGGUCCGAUCGAAGAUGGUUAGAUGUAAACGUUGUAAAAAUCGAUUUCUGGACAAACAUUUAUAUGAACGACAUCUGCGAGACAAACAUCCAGUCGAUCAUCUUGCUUAUCUAGUCCAACAAGAAGAAGAAAUGCAGCAGCAAAGGUAGGGGGAUGGAUUUUAAAUGGGUUUACAGAGAAUUUUGGGAGGGUUAAAAGAAUUUUUUGCCGGUCGGGAUGGAUAUUUUUACGUUUGUGAUGUAGCACAAUAUCGAAAAUCUUUGAAAUUUAGUAGAUGUGUACUAAAAUAUAGGAACUAUUGGUUUUAAAAUUGCUUCCAACUAAUUUUCUUGUAAUUGAAAUUAAAUGAAGUAUGUUUUUGAGUAACCUAGUACAAUAUAUAUUUUUCAGAAAAGAAGAGUUAGAAGCGAACCGUCUGGAAGAGCUAGCCUCUGGCGGUUUUAUCCCCCCUCAAAACGAAGUCGAUUCAGCCAAUUACAACCUUGAUCUGAGCGAUAUUCCGUUGCCCGGUGAAUUAACGAAUGGAGUCGUCCCUCGGUUUGACCGGUUUGGCCACAUCUAUCAGCCGAAACGUCAAUACAAGAAGAAAGUAUCCCCUCAAUGCCCAUUUUGCGACAAGAGAUAUAGGAAUGAGCAUUCGUUGAAGAAGCAUAUAAGCAAAAAACAUCCAGAAUAUGCCGAGUUCGUGCAAUGUCUUAAAUGUUUUAAGGCGCUGAAGGAUGAAGAUGAACUGAAAAAUCAUUUGUGUGAGCUGGUAAGCGAUUUGAACGCUUUACGUUUGAAUUUUGUGGUAAAAAGUUGAUUAAGGUACGUAGCUAAAGUACUAUUUUGAUCUGGAACCCUUAAAACAAGGUUUAUUUUGGACCUGAAAGCCAGUAGUUGAUGAUGUGUAAUUUAUUUGGGUUUCCUUUUUUAUAUCAAGACAACCUAAACAAUGUAUUUUAGGUAUACAUGUGUUUCGAAUGCACUCCAGUCCGCAAUCUCUGCACCGAAAUCCGCCUCAACAUGCACCGUGCAAAGUUCCAUCGUGGCGCCAACUCGGGAUUCAAGUGCAAUCUCUGCAAUCAGAAGUUUCUGACUCCCAGAAAGCUAAGGAAACACAAAAAGAUGUCUCAUGUAUUUACGAAAACCUAUCCAUGUCACUUCUGCGACGACUUGUUCACUUCGGAGACCUCGGUGACGACCCAUGAGAGAAUUCAUACCGGAAUUGUGAAGUUUGAGUGCAAAAUUUGCGACUUCAAAUGCAAUAGAUUCUUGAAUAUGGAAGACCACAGGAAGGAAGAGCACGGAUAUAUCUGUUCGAUAUGUCAGAUUAAACUUCCAGAAUGGGCGGAUAUGAAAAAUCACACGUUAACUGAACAUGGCGGAUACUUGACGUCGAAUAACAGCUCGAGUAAGCAAGGGGAUUUUUUUAACAUUGUUUUGCUAUGGGUGGUCUAAAAUGGGAGAAUAGGCGAGGUAGUAGACAUUUUAGCGUUUGGUUUUGCAUUUUUGGAGUAUAACGCAUCACCGGAUAUUACACUUGAUCAGUGAUCCUAAUUUUAAUCAGAAACUUUGGAUUUUGAAGUUUAGAAGACGGGUUUCUAGUAGAAUACUUAUUAACAGAACUUAUCAGUCAAAAUAUUUUCCCUAUUUUUUUAUAAAAUUUAUGUUACACAUGAAAAUCUUCAAUUUUAACUGAAAAAAUUGUUUUAAGAUAAGGUGUGGACCUAACUGGCUGAAAGGAGAGCGGUUUGACUAAGUCUAAAUUUCGUUGUUUAGAGUGUUUUCCCUAGUUGACGUCUCAUUUAUAUUACACGUGGCCCUUCUACCCUAAAUUUGCAGGUUACAUCCAAUGCCCUCGAGUCUGGGUCAUGUUCAAAGGCGAGUAG